GUUUCAAGUAAAGGACGCAGUUGGAGGUUUCGCGCUCACUUGCAAUGCUGACUACAUCAAACUCCAACAACACGUUCUUAACAGCAGAGACGGACUUUGGAUUGAAUUUGUUGCGGCAAGUGCCUGCCACCGAGUUGCUGGUUGUGUCUCCUGUUUCCGUACUGUUUGCACUGGCAAUGGUACAACUUGGAGCGAAGGGAGAAACAAGAACACAGAUCAACAAGUUAUUAUCGGGAGAUGGUAACGACGAAGAGGUGUCAGACUAUUAUGCGAGUUUAUCUGGUCAUAUACAUGAGGCAACUAAUGACGUCAAAGCUUAUAUCGCAAAUGGUUUCUUUUUAGACAAAAAAUUUGAUAUCGAAGAACAGUACAGGAGCAAUAUCGUGAAAAGCUACUCAGCAGCAAUAGAAUCGUUGGACUUAGAAAAUAACGCUACUGAUUCAGCCGAGGUGAUCAACACAUUUGUCAGCAAUGCUACAGCUGAGAAACUAGAAAAUAUCAUCAAUGCGGAUAACAUCGAAGGCGCUUUUUCUGUGCUUGUAAAUGCUGUCUACUUCAAAGCCGAGUGGAGAAACAAGUUCCAUCCCGAUAAGAGUUCUAAUUCUAAGUUCUAUAGCAGACCGGAUAGGGAAAGAGAGAUAAUGUUUAUGGGAGACUUCGGAGUAUACAGACUCUAUGCAGAAGAUGAGGAUAUGCAAGUUCUUUCAAUGCCUUAUACGGAUGAAUCCUUUGCUUUAAAUAUAUUCUUACCGAAGCAAAAAUUCGCUCUUGACGGAAUACGAGCCAAUAUCACGGGUGAAAAGGUUCAGCAGCUCUUAUCCGAUCUCUCAAGCACAAAACUAUCGAUCAGAAUUCCGAAAAUGAGAAUUGAGAAUGAUUACAAGCUCAAGGAAGCACUGAUCGAUAUGGGAGCUACUGAAAUGUUCAGUCCGAACUCCGAUCUUAGUGGUAUAACUAGCACGGCACCACUAAGGGUUUCAGACGCUGCUCACAAAGCUCUCAUUGAGGUUGACGAAAAUGGUACAACUGCUGCGGCGGCCACAACGAUGGUUAUGCUUGCUGGUAGCACAAUGGAGCAGCCAAAGCAGUUCUUUGCCGAUCAUCCAUUUAUGUUUAUACUGACUAAGAACAAGCACCCGCUUUUCAUGGGGCAGUUUGCAUAGCUUCCACAAAUUAUAGUGGAAAUGGCCGUACUGCUAGUUAGGACCAUUAGUGGUUCACGUCUCCGUUCUACUUUUUUGUACUAUUCGUCACAAUAAGCAAAAGUAUUUUUGCGAUUAUUCUCACGUUCCCAUCA